AUGUACAUCAAUUCGUCGGAUUAUAGAGAAGCAUACCAGUCCAUCGUCUCUCAGCACAGAGCAGCCUCUGCGUCGUCCAUUCUCAUCGCUGUGGCACCCGAUGUCGACGCCCUCUGUGCAGCGAGCAUGCUCGCUACGCUCCUCCACCAGGACAAUAUCACGCACAGACUCACCCCUGUCGCUGGACUCUCGGCUUUCGCCGAUCUAAAGGAGGAACUCGCGCAGAAAGAACAGCUCAGUACACUCGUGUUGAUCAACUUUGGAGCCCAUCUAGAUCUCCCGUCAGAGGCCUGGUUCGGAGCUUUCCCAGAAAACCUUCAUGUCCAUGUCAUCGACUCUUCGAGGCCAUACAAUCUGUCAAGUUUGUUUGGUGCUGGCGCUGCCGAACGUAUCAUCGUUUGGGACGACGAGACAGCACCAAAGCUCACAGAUGUUAAGUCUGCCUGGUACUCCUUGGAGUACGAACCACUUCCAGACUCUGAUGAUUCGGACGAGGACGAGGACAGGGAGGAACCAGAACCAGAAGAAUAUGAUUCUGACGAAAUGGAGCGCCCACGAAAGAGAAGGCGGUUGAAUGACACGGAGGCAGAACCAAAACCAAAACGAAUGACGGAAGACGAGUACGAAGAAUACACGGCAAUUCUUGAAAAGUAUUAUGGAAGCGGAACAUUCCACGGACAAGCAGCGUCGAGCGUCAUCUACGUCCUUGCAACGGUGCUCGAGCGAGCGGACAAUGAUUUAUUGUGGCUAAGCAUACUAGGGUUAACUUAUCAAUAUCUUACCAGCCGAAUAUCACGAGACACAUGCGAAACUAUGCAUCAAAUCUAUUUCGACGAAGUGGCGCGUCUCAAUACAUCUCUACCGGCCAACGGCAAUGCCAAUGUAGCUUUACAUCCUGACGAUACGUCGAUUCGGCCAUCUGAGGAGCUGCGAUUCGCGCUAUUCAGACAUUGGAAUCUAUAUGACUCUAUGUAUCACUCGCCCUAUGUUGCCAGUAAACUCGGGAUUUGGAAAGAGAAAGGUCGCAAGCGUCUACAUGGGCUUCUCGCCAAAAUGGGCUUCUCCCUUGCACAGUGUCAACAAUCCUAUUCGCACAUGGAUACCGACUUGAAACGUGAGCUACGAGAGAAGAUGGAAGACAUUGCGCCGGAAUACGGACUUGUCGAGCUCUCGUACCCGUCCUUUGUGCGAUCUUUUGGCUUCAAGUCUCAGCCAUUGUGCGCUGCAGAUGUCGUCGACGGCGUUUCUGCUCUGCUGGAAGCAGCAGGUGGUUUACGUUUAGACGUCGAGAUUGAAGGUGGAAGAAAUGGAGGAGAGUGGUUUGGCACUGGCAGACAAUGGGAGAUGCGCCGAGACGACAACAAGGAGAAUCUUCCUGUGGCAAGAGACGGUGCGAAUGGGAAGUCGAGCGCCUUGUCGGGUACCCAGAAUGAAGACGAACAUUCGGAAGAUGAAUGGUGGAAGAACAAUUUCUGGGUUGCGUACGAUGCACUUAGUAAUGACACCGAACUAUUGAAUUCUUCACUCCGCCUUUCUAUGACUCUUCAACGUGCUGUCGUCCGGCAAGGGUCAUCGUUAAUCGAGAAAGGCGAAAUCAAGCGGAUGCGCAACUUUCAACUGGCGAUGCUAAAGGAAGGACCAGACCUUCCUAUCUUUGUGCACCCGGGCAAUCUCUCGCGGCUGGCGCUAUGGCUUGUAGAGGCGACCAGAGAUCGGAUCGACCCUAUCAACGUCACUCGCACAAAAAAGAAGGUACUUCCGUUUGUUCUCGCUUGUCUGGAUGAACGCAAGGGGACAUAUCUCGUUGUUGGUGUCUUAGCGGCUCCAGAGAUGGGCGAUUUGCGCAAAAAUCAAUUCGGUAUGGCCUUUCUAGAGGCCCAGAGCCGCUCCAACGCGAGAACAAGACAUUCGACAUUUGAUACAAAUGUCGUCGAGGUGGACAAGGAGGAUCUCACCUCCUUUCUCACCAAGCUGCAGAUUUAG